CUCUGGGCCGCGGUCCCCGGGCCUCCGUGGUGUCUUGCGCAGGCGCCGCCGCGGGAGCAGGUCGGCCUUGCCAGCCCCUCGUCCGCGGCUGGCGAGAGGAUGAGCACCCGGCCCAGACCCGAAGACGCACCGCUUGCCCUCGUUUUCCUUGGCGCCGCCCGGGCCCCCAGACUGUUCCAGGGGCGCAGUUCCUCGCACCUCCCAGACCCCAGGCUGAAACCCGCGAGUCGGUAGUGGAAGAGUGAAUGCAGUAUUCCGCUCGCGGGUGAGGUCUUCGUCCUCGAAAGGAAGCUUUCUCUGCUCCUACACUGUGUCAUACUUACCCUGCAGGUGGUACUUGCAAAUCGAAAUUCGACGUUUUUAGGCCAUUUUGGUUACAAAACUAAAUCACAACAGCCUCAAUGGCUGUAGGUCGGGUUAUACGGGGUUGCCUCAUAGGGUUUUAUUUAUUUCCUGUCCUUGUGGAAUUAAAUGCAAUCAUCUAUCAUCACUUUUAGCAAUAGCUACUAUUUUUUGAGUGCUGUGCGUGAGAUGCUUUUCAGGUAUUAUCUCUAAUUACUGCAACACUAGAAGAUAAUAUCCUGUACCAUUUACAGUUAGAACGGAGGCUCAGAAUACUAACUUUUUCAAAGCAAGUGGUACAAGGAGUCUGAAGAAGAGUUCAAAUUGAAGGUCCUAAGUAUAGGUCCUUUCCACCGGCCCAUACUGCCCUGGACAAGACCCUGGAGUAUCGAGGAGUAAAGAUGCUAAUAGAGGAUCCGAUUACCACUUGUCUUUCUCCCUCAGUCUAUGAUAUGAUCUGUAAACGCGGGUUUGACGUCAGAGAGAGUUGUGAUACCAAUCGCGUUGUAACUCAGAGGGGUGAAGUACGCUGGCAGACCAUCACAGCCUGUGUGGCUUACACAGAGUCAGCCCAGAGUCUGGAUUACCGGGGCACCGUGCUGCUGCUGGGCCCCGUGUGUGAGGCCGUCCACCGACAUUUGUUAUCUCUGACCAAGGGACAGUUUGACAUGCGAUACAUGCCGUGGCUGCAGUGGACAGCUUUUCCAGAGUUAUUUCCUGAAAUAUUUGAUGCUUUGGGAAGCCCUCAAUGUCCCGCUAUUCCUCUUAGCUUAAUGAAACUGACGGCAUGUCUAGAACGGGCUUUGGGUGAUGUGUAUUUACUGAAUGGGAAGGAAUGCCCCUUUCUUUUGAGAGAUCUGCUUGCGUCUGAGGAGCUUGCCGAGGUCUUUGGUCGGUCUGUGAUGGACGUGCUGAAAGUCUUCGUCGGAUCUCCACGUGGACUCAACCUGCGUAAUACCCUAUGGCACGGCUUUGCCUCCCCUCAUGAGAUCCCCCCAAAAUACUGUUCAAUGAUGGUACUGUUGACCGUGGGAUUGGGUCAGCUGCUGAAGAGUUACUUGCAACAAGCUAAACUUGUGUUGGCACACCGACCUUUCAUCGUUCUCACAAACCUUGAGGAUUUGGCCGUUUUCCCUGAUGUUACUUCUGAGGUACUUUCAGUGUUAGAAGAAGUGAUGAAGAAAUCCACUUUCAUAUUAAAGGUCAUGUUGCCGUACUGGGAAGCUGCAUUAAUCGGGUUCAGGUCACACAGGUUUGCCGACUGUGCCAUGUUGUUACUGACACAGUUAGAGACGGGACUCAGGAGAGUUUUUGCCGCUGUUAACCAAUGUCCAAAAAGACUUCUGACCGCUGAGUCCACGGCUCUUUAUACCACCUUCGACGAAAUAUUGGCAAAACACUUGGAUGAUGGUAAAAUCAAUCAGCUUCCUCUUUUGCUUGGAGAGCCUGCAAUGGAGUUUCUUUGGGAUUUCCUAAACCAUCAGGAGGGCCCCCGUAUAAGAGACCAUUUAAGCCAUGGGGAAAUCAACUUACCUGAAUUUCCGAAAGAGGCAGCAAACCAAUUGCUUGCAUUUUCCGUUGUACUUUUACUCAGAUUCACUGAUGAAGAUCUGUCGGCAGCCCUUAAGGUAACAUAUAAGGAAGAGAACCAUUAGAUGCACUGUUAUUCAGCUGUGACAGAAUACAGCUUAUUUUCAGGUGUAAUUAACCCUUAAUCACCUUUUCUUUAAAUUUAUGUGAGUUAUUGUAUGCCUCCAUCAGAACACGUAAUUGUGACUUGAUUUGAUUAUAUGCAUAUAUUUACUGCAAUAGGUAAACUGAUAUUGUGUGAUCAAACUAAGGAACCAGUAUAAAACAAAUUAACUAAAUAUAUCAGAAAAUUUUACAAAUGACAAAUUGGUCAGAUGGAAUAUUUGCAUCAAUCAGUAAACUAAUUCUUUUGUUAUUUUAUAAUAAAUAAUUUGGGUUAGUUAUUGAUAUUUUAAUCUGUUUUUCAAAUUAUACAUGUCACAGUUACUGUAAAGAUUAUUGAGAGGUUCAGACAAAACAGAAAACAUGAUAGGAAAACUGACAGCACUCAGGAAGGCCUUGUGGGGCGGAGCGCUGUUCAUGGGUGGGCAUCUGCUCCCACCUCUUCCCACGAGCACACAGUGCAGCUCGAGGAAGAAACCUGUUAGUGAUUAGCAUUCCUUCUACCUGAUUUCUGUCAGCUGUCUGACAUUUUUUAUCAGUAUAUCCUCAUGUAUAUAAGCUGUCCCUCAUGGAUGGGUGAGUUCUGAUGUGUGGAACGCUCCUGAUUACAGUGUCUCAAGUAAACAUCCUUGUUCACUUGGGCACAUGUGUAAGUGAAUUUGUUCAAGUACAGUUCUGAAGCAAACGUACCAGUAAGACCAUGUUUUUAUCUCUCUGUUUUGUGUUACUUUGCUGUCUUUUAUUGUUUGUUGGAAAUCUGUGAUUCUUUUGUGAACAAUUAAUGUCUUUUGCUCCAUUUUAUGCAUUUUUAUGGUUUAUUAGCUGCACUUACCACUCCGAUGUUCAUGUUGCUCCUUAUUUGUCUUGAAGUUUUGAGGUCUUUUCAUUUUGGCUUAUGCAUUUGGAAUUAUUCUUUUUUUUAAGAU